UUUGUUUUUGAGGAAAUGUUUCAUCUGAAAAACAGAAGCCUGACAAACAUACCUGAUGUGUACAGUUACCAUAGAACCAACAGGACCUUGCCAGCUGUUUACACUUCGGAUGUAAAAUGGCAAUUUGACAUAGACCAACAGUGUGAUGUGAGCAACUGCGUAAAAAGGCUACAUAUGGAGCAUGCCCAGUGCGAGUACAUCCUCCCCCCUCCCCCUCCAGAUCGCUAAAGAUAAGGCUUGAACUUUGCACUUGCAAAUAUGGGUGCAUAGGUUUCUUUAAAAAAAAAAAAAAAAAAACUAGGUUGGUUGAUUUGUUUUUUAAGGCUCUCUUACAACGAAUUUCCUUUAGCAAUCCUACAGCAGACAAGAGAAUAUUUGGGGUUGUAAGAGGCAUUAAGUUUAGAACGAGUUGAUGCCCCUCUUUCUACUUGAAGUGCGCUUGAUUUUUAAAGCAAUAUAAAGCAUUCAAGUGCCUGUUUUUUCCCCCGCUGGAGUGGGAAAUAAGAAGAACCUCCUUGGAUGGGAGUCCUCCUGGGCAGAGAGUGAAAGCCCCAAAGAACGAAAGGGACGGAGAAGAGGGGCUUGCCGGAGCAUGGAUAGGGACGGAGCGGGGGUUCUCCAGGGCUCAGCGCGCACUGACGAUCUGUGCCGGGGGCUGCAGCUGCGGAUGAUAAAGGCGCCGUCUAGCUAAUGAAGGCCACCUGGAUCAGGCUUCUGAAAAGAGCCAAGGGAGGAAGGCUGAAGAAUUCUGAUAUCUGUGGUUCGGCAGACUCCUACACCAGCCGUCCAUCCGAUUCAGAUGUAUCUCUGGAGGAAGACCGGGAGGCAGUGCGUAGAGAAGCUGAGCGGCAGGCCCAGGCACAGCUGGAGAAAGCAAAGACAAAGCCUGUUGCAUUUGCAGUUCGGACAAAUGUUAGCUACAGCGCGGCCCAUGAAGAUGAUGUCCCCGUGCCAGGCAUGGCCAUCUCAUUCGAAGCAAAAGAUUUUCUGCAUGUUAAGGAAAAAUUUAACAAUGACUGGUGGAUAGGGCGAUUGGUUAAAGAAGGCUGUGAAAUCGGAUUCAUCCCAAGCCCAGUCAAACUAGAAAACAUGAGGCUGCAGCAUGAGCAGAGAGCCAAGCAAGGGAAAUUCUACUCCAGUAAAUCAGGAGGAAAUUCAUCAUCCAGUUUGGGUGACAUAGUACCUAGUUCCAGAAAAUCUACACCUCCCUCAUCGGCUAUAGACAUAGAUGCUACUGGCUUAGAUGCAGAAGAAAAUGAUAUUCCAGCAAACCACCGCUCCCCUAAACCCAGUGCAAACAGUGUAACGUCACCCCACUCCAAAGAGAAAAGAAUGCCCUUCUUUAAGAAGACAGAGCACACGCCUCCAUAUGAUGUGGUACCUUCCAUGCGACCAGUGGUCCUAGUGGGGCCUUCUCUGAAGGGGUACGAGGUCACAGAUAUGAUGCAGAAAGCACUGUUUGAUUUUUUAAAACACAGAUUCGAAGGGCGGAUAUCCAUCACUAGGGUCACCGCAGACAUCUCGCUUGCCAAACGCUCAGUAUUAAACAAUCCCAGUAAGCAUGCAAUAAUAGAAAGAUCCAACACGAGAUCAAGCUUGGCGGAGGUUCAGAGUGAAAUUGAAAGGAUUUUUGAACUUGCAAGAACAUUGCAAUUGGUAGUCCUUGAUGCGGACACUAUUAAUCACCCAGCUCAACUUAGUAAAACCUCUUUGGCCCCUAUUAUAGUAUAUGUAAAGAUUUCUUCUCCCAAGGUUUUACAAAGGUUAAUAAAGUCUCGAGGGAAAUCUCAAGCUAAACACCUCAAUGUCCAGAUGGUAGCAGCUGAUAAACUGGCUCAGUGUCCUCCGGAGCUGUUUGAUGUGAUCUUGGAUGAGAAUCAACUUGAAGAUGCUUGCGAGCACCUAGCUGACUACUUGGAGGCCUACUGGAAGGCCACGCAUCCUCCCAGCAGCAAUCUUCCCAACCCUCUCCUUAGUCGUACUUUAGCUACUUCAACCCUGCCUAUCAGCCCCACUCUAGCCUCUAAUUCACAGGGUUCUCAAGGUGACCAGAGGACUGAUCGCUCUGCUCCUGCCCGUUCUGCUUCCCAACCUGAAGAAGAACCUAGUGUGGAACCAGUCAAGAAAUCCCAGCAUCGCUCUUCCUCCUCAGCCCCACACCACAACCAUCGCAGUGGGACAAGUAGAGGCCUCUCCAGGCAAGAGACGUUUGACUCAGAAACCCAAGAGAGUCGAGACUCUGCCUAUGUGGAGCCAAAGGAAGAGUAUUCCCAUGAACAUAUAGACCACUACACUUCACACCGUGAGCAUAACCACCGAGAUGAGCCCCAUGGGAGCAGUGACCACAGACACAGGGAGUCUCGGCACCGUUCCAGGGACGCAGACCGAGAGCAGGACCACAACGAGUGCAACAAACAACGGAGCCGUCACAAAUCCAAGGAUCGCUACUGUGACAAAGAUGGAGAAGUAAUAUCCAAAAAACGGAAUGAGGCUGGGGAGUGGAACAGGGAUGUUUACAUCCGCCAAUGACUUUUGCCUCUUUUUGUUUUUUUUCCAAGUCUUGUCUAAUAGCACCCUCAAAAUCUUUGAGGGGUCUACAUUGCAAUCAUAUGUGAUCUGUCUUGUAUAUUUUGUAUUGCUGUUGCUUGAAUAGCAAUAGCAUGAAAUAGAGUAUUAAUAUACUUUUUUUUUUUCUUUUGUAAGUGCUAUAUAAAUUUGCCUGGUACAGCUGCAGUCCUCCAGUUGUAUACUGGACUCUUCAAAAAACUGUUUUGGGUAGCUGCCACUUGAACAAACUCUGUUGCCAUCCAGGUGAUGUUAAUGUUUUCAGAAAUGUAGUUGAUGGAUCCAGCAAGCCAGAAUCAGCACAGAUAAAAAGUGGGAUUCCUUGUGUCUCUAGAUUUUUAAUAUGCAGGCACCUGAUUUGCAUAUCCAUUCAUUCAUGGACCACUGUUUCUUGCUUGUACCUCUGGCUGACUAAAUUUGGGGACAGAUUCAGUCUUGCCUUACGCAAAGGGGGUCAUAAAGUUAGAAUCUAUUUUCUAUGUACUAGUACUGUGUACUGUAUAGACAGUUUGUAAAUGUUAUUUCUGCAAACACCUUCUUAUUAUUA